CAGGUCCGUCAGUUCCCGCCGCCGGUUUUCCAUGCCCUGCAGCUUGGGCGGCAGCAUGCCCGCGUCGAUCCGCACCUUGCUGCCCGCCUCGUCCAUGAAGUCGAUGGCCUUGUCCGGCAGCUUGCGGUCGCUGAUGUAGCGGUCGCUCAGGCGCACCGCCGCCGCGAUGGCCCCGUCGGUGAUGGUCACCCGGUGGUGGGCUUCAUAGCGGGGUUUCAGCGCCUCCAGGAUGGACAGCGCCUGCUCCGGCGUCGGCUCCUCCACGUACACCGGCUGGAACCGCCGCGCCAGCGCCGGGUCCCGCUCGAUGUGUUUGCGGUACUCGUCCAGCGUCGUCGACCCGAUGGCCUGCAACUCGCCCCGCGCCAGCGCCGGCUUGAGCAUGUUGCUUGCAUCCAGGCCGCCCUCGCCGCCUCCCGCGCCCACCAGCGUGUGCAUCUCGUCCAGGAAGACGAUCACUUCGCCAUUGGACGACGUCACCUCGUCGAUAACCGACUUCAACCGCUCCUCGAACUCCCCACGAAACUUGGCCCCUGCCACCAGCCGGCCCAUGUCCAGCGCCAUCACCCGCUUGUUGUGCAGCGAGUCGGGCACGUCGUCGCAGAUGAUCUUGCUGGCCAGGCCCUCGGCAAUGGCCGUCUUGCCCACGCCCGCCUCGCCGAUCAACACCGGGUUGUUCUUGGUGCGCCGGGUUAGGGUCUGCAUCACCUGCCGGAUUUCCUGGUCGCGCCCCACCACCGGGUCCAGCUUGCCGACGCGCGCCAGCUCGGUCAGGUCCACGCUGUACUUCUCCAGCGAGCGGUAGCGCUGCUCCGCGUUCUGGUCGUCCACCCGGUGCGACCCGCGCAGCUUCUGCAUCGCCUGCCGCGCGGAAUCGCCGGCGUCCUCCCGGGCCGCCGCCACCAGCAGGUGCUCCACGCUGAUGAACUGGUCCUUCAGCCGCUGGGCCUCCUCGUCCGCCAGCUGUAGCAUCCGCUGUAGCCGUGGCGUGAUGAAGAUCUGUUGCGAGCCCGAGACCACUUUCGGCACGCCGUCCAGCGUCUGGUGC